CACAGGGCCGUCUGCAUUGAUAAACUUUACUUCCUUCCAGCUUUUAAUGCACUUCUCCAGGGCAGACAAGUGUCCUUACUGACUGUCUUUCCUUCUACAAAAGUCAGCUUGCUCCAUCCAGCAAGAAGAAUGGGGGAAAGGGUGUAGGGAGCUGUUGUGAGUCAUCAAGACACCCACUGAGCGCGUAACAAGAGAAAUGGCCCAGCAUGUAACAAGAGAGAUGGCCCAGCACGUAACAAGAGAGAUGGCCCAGCACGUAACAAGAGAGAUGGCCCAGCCAUUACGAGUGCACGCUGUUUCUGCAAGCACGAGUGCAGGGUUUCUGAGCCUGAACCCCUCAGUCGCUGGAAUAGCAGCCACGACAACCAACCCAAUGGACAAAACCGUGCCUGGAAGCUUCAACAGCAGGACCCUGAUCCCAAACUUGAUCAUCAUCAUCUCCGGACUGGUCGGGCUGACAGGAAACGCCAUUGUUUUCUGGCUCCUGGGCUUCCACUUGCGCAGGAACGCUUUCUCCGUCUACAUCCUCAACCUGGCCCUGGCUGACUUCCUUUUCCUCCUCUGUCACGUCAUAGACUCGACGCUGCUUCUGCUCAAGUUUUCCUAUCCGAACAUUGUCUUUCUCCCGUGCUUUAACACCAUCAUGAUGGUGCCCUACAUCGCAGGCCUGAGCAUGCUCAGCGCCAUCAGCACGGAGCGCUGUCUCUCUGUCCUGUGUCCCAUCUGGUACCGCUGCCGCCGCCCCAAACACACAUCAACCGUCACCUGUGCUGCCAUCUGGGUCCUGUCACUGUUGACCUGCAUUCUGAACAGGUAUUUCUGUGGCUUCUUGGAUACCAAAUACGAAAACGACAAGCGGUGUCUGGCAUCAAACUUCUCUACUGCCGCGUGCCUGAUUUUCCUGUUCGUGGUCCUCUGCACGUCCAGCCUGGCCCUGCUGGCCAGGUUGUUCUGUGGCGCUGCUCGGAUGAGGCUCACCAGGCUGUAUGUGACCAUCAUGCUCACCGUGCUGGUUUUUCUCCUCUGCGGCCUGCCCUUUGGCAUUCACUGGUUCCUGCUAAUCUGGAUUAAGAUUGAUUAUGGUGUAUUUGCUUAUGGUCUUUAUCUGGCAUCACUGGUCCUGACUGCUGUUAACAGCUGUGCCAACCCCAUCAUUUACUUCUUCGUGGGCACCUUCAGGCAUCAGCUAAGGCACCAGACCCUCAAAAUGGUUCUGCAGAGGGCCUUGCAGGACACACCGGAGACAGCUGAAAACACAGUGGAGAUGUCAAGCAGCCGAGCAGAACCGUGAGGAAGAGCCUGGACCCAGGAGGCUGCUGGGAAGUGAGCACUGCCGCCCUUCACAGCUGUCCACUCGUCCCUGCACCUUGAUGCCUCCGGGAUUCACCAACAACUUCAGCAGAGUACCACUGACUUAGCUCUUCUACUUCUCCUGAGUAAAAGCAUUAAUCUUAAAAGUACUGUGUCUCCAGCCUUCUUGACAUUAAUGAGAUUUUCAUGCUGACUUUCUCUGACUAUUUCUUGCUGUUUCUUUGCAACUUUUGUUGCCAUGAAAAUAGCCAUGACGGUCUUGUUUGUACCUGGUGGUAGAGGUGCCCCACAGUUUCCUGUGAAGCAUGCCUCCGAAAUCACAGUACUUGUUGUGCGGCUAAAAGCCCGCAGGCUUACAACAAAUGCACAGUUAACAAGGACACGCUUUCCAGCCGGCUCACACCAGCAGCAGGAGAGCUGGAGUACUUGGGGAUGCCGGUGCUGUGAGCUCUAAAUUAAAAGGAGCAGUCAGGCUAUAUUUUCAGGCUGAUUCCAUGCACCACAGAGCUCGUGUCCAUCCAUGGAAAUGUGAGCAGGUUCUAGAGUCGCACAGUGCCGCCAGUCUGAUCUUAUUCCACAGGAAAUGUGGGACCCAUUUUCUGAACCAGGCUGCGAGAUUCAGCGUUACUCUAAUCAUGGCCUAAAUAGAACCAUACUGAUUAAGAAAGACCCAGAAAUGUAACCUCUCCACCAAGGCUAUAAACAAGAUGCGCACACACUCUGUACCUGACUGACAGCUGCCUGGCAUUUGGAGAGGCUGCUGUGACAUGUUUUCUCUGUGUGUGGAGACGGUGCCUGUCAGGCACCAAUAUUGCCAUGACAUUUUUGGCCAUAAAAAUCGAUGCUGUUUUGUCCCUAGUCCCGGGAUCUCCCAGCAGAAUAGAAAAAGAGGUCUCCUUACACAAAUCCACCAUGCAGGUGUAACUGACUCUGAAUCCAUCCGCGAUAAGACACGGAUAUGUCCAAAGAGAAGAAUAUCUCGUUUACACACUAUAGUUGCAGCAAUGCAAUUGAGGUGGGUUGGGCAAGAUUUCCUGGGCUCUUGAAAGCUAAACUGAUGAGUCUAUGAUUUUAACCACCACAUAAAAUUUUUAUGGCAGAUAUGGAAGGAUAAACAGUCUAGACACAAUAAAAUGGCAAAGAGAAGAAUUCACUGUGGCACUGAUGGUGAUGAUAAACCAUAACUUUCUUCAUGGAAGGCACAUACAUGCACACACAUUCAUGGAGACACACACACACACACACAUGCACGUUUUGACUAUCCUGGGCCUCUGCCAGACACUUGAUCAUAGUACUCUGCGCUCUGAGCAACGUCAUAAUGGCUCUGAACACUCAGGUAUUGGCAUAGAUUUGCAGAAGCAGCCAGAGUCAGCUCUGAAAUAAUGUCAAAUCGGACAGGGCAGUCAGCCCUGCACCAGCCAGGCCACAAGGCAGCACACUUUUCUCCCAACCCUCCUCCCAAGGACAUCCCAACCCUGGUGUUCCACGGGCUGUCUUCCCAGAGGCUGACCUGAUUCUAGGUCUAUCAGACUGAUGAUAAAUGCUAACCAUCACACCUGGAUUUAGGGGACCUGAACUCAGGUCUUCACACUUGCAAAGCAAAUUACUGACUGAGCUCUCUCCCCAGGCCCAUAUUUAGAUCUCACUAUUUCCAGUGUUAUGUGAAUGGGCUCACACACUCAGUACAACAUUCUCAGGAGUCAUCCAAGUUGUAGUAGGUACCAAUAAUUCACUGCUGAUUGUUGUCAAUGACAGAGCAGAAUUCUAGGAUGAGAUCCCAUAUGUUGAUCCCCGUGUCACAAGUGAGAGGGUGUUUGGAUUGUUUCCAAACUGGCUAUUAAGAACAAGGAUGAGUUCAGUGUUUGUACAGAUCCUGAAGUGAACAUUGUUUUCAGUUUCCUGGGAUAUGUGCCACAGUGGGAUGCUGGGUAGGCUACGGAGUACACAUUUAAUUUCCCAGAAAAUGCAAAAGUACUUUCCUAUUGUGUGACUUUCCCAUUGGCAGUGUACGAAAACUGAACUUUCUGCAAAUCAUUGCCAACAUUGGAACCGAAGAGUAUUUUAACCAUUCUAGGAGGAGUACAGAAAGCCCACACUAGCUUCCUAAGAGCCUUUUCUCAAUGACUCAGAAAUAGACCUUUCCAAUAGACACAGACCAACCUCUGCGUCUCUGUGUCCUAAUGUCUCUGUCUUUCUAUUGUGUUUGUUUUAUUCUUCCACAAUUGUCUGACGGAGGAAGUGCUCUGAGCAGAGACAGCAGGUUAAUGUUUUUUCUCCGGUUUCCCUUUAGGUCAACAGAAGCUGUGAGAGCUCUGAGAGAGCCCUGGCGGGAGCAGUCCCUGAGUGUCUUCUCUCUGCACUCCAAGGGGCAUUUGUCCUUUCAGUGCAGCUUCCUGCCCUGAGUGUCCUCUGAUUUGCAAAGCUCUGAGUGCUUUUGGAGGCGGAGCCAUUGUCAUCUAUUCCUAAUUUCCACCUACAUCUCUUGCUCUCUGUGCUGUGUGAUUGCUUUUGCUUCCUUUCUGUUUCUCAAGUCUGUUGAUGCUACAUUUUAUUUCAUCUAUAUAUAUAUAUAACCUGGGAAUUAUCAGUCCUUUUCCCCCUCAUCAUCCACCUCAACACACAGUAGAGAGGAGGGACAAAGGAUGGACCGCGGGGGUUGCGGAUCCCACACUGUGAGCUAGUUCCUCUUUGCUAAAUCUUACCCCGUAGGAUCUUGAGGGGACCCUCGGAGAACACACAUAAUAACAUGCAGCGGGGCUGUGCUCCACUCGGUUUCUCUCUGUUGGGACUUGCAUCCGUCUCUGCCUACUGUCUAUUUCUCACAUAAGCCCUUCUCACAGAGAGCGGUCCAUCAAGGAGGAGCAGGCCUCGAGGGCUCUUCUGGGAGAGGGAGUGGAGUCACCUAUUUCUCUAGAGCGCACAGCUCAGGACUCCUCAGGGACUGCUGCAUUUCAACAUGUCUCUCCGAUGGUGCUCCGACCUGGCCCCUAUUGCUCUCCCCUUUACGUGGGAAGUGCUUCACUCAGACAUAAAUCUUGCUCACUGUGCAUCUAAAUGCCUCUGAGUGGUCAAAGCCAUAGCGAAUCCUCACUUCACAGCCAUUUUCCUGGCCAACAGCAGUUAUCUGGGUGCCCAUCAAUAAUUCUAAAUACUUGCAGAGCUGUCUCACACAAAGGAAGGAAGCUGAUGGAUUUAAUCUCUUCAUCUCACUGUAUGUUUAUAUAUGCUGAUGCCUUUUAUUCUGUUUUCAUUUUCCCUUUAACCUAAAUUAUCUAGCACUGUGCUGUUCCUCAUCCAUGAAUUGAUUUCUUCACAGAACAAAGAUUGAGACCAACUGGGCCACACAUCAAAAUAAGCUCUGGAGAGAUAACGUUUUCCUUUUCUGUCUCCCUUCCUGGUGUGUUAAAGCAUUUCUAUAUUCGGUUCUUCUCUCUUUUGUCCUAGCAAGAGGUCACAAUCUCCUCACAGCCUGAAAGCAAGAUUUUCCCACCAGCCUACCCCACCCCACUCCACCCCACUCUACCCCACCCCUUAUCUCCACUCCCAUUUCCCCCCAAUUACUCUGUUCCUUCCCCCUCCAUCCCUUUCUGAUUUGUACUCCAUUUGGCCCUCUGAGUGAGAUUCAAGCAUCUUUUGGGCCCUCUUUAUUACUUAGCUUCUUUGGGUCUGUGGAUUGUAGUAAGGUUAUCCUAUACUACAGGUCUAAUACCCACUUAUGAGUACAUACUAUGUGUGUCUUUCUGGGCCUGGGUUACCUCACUCAGGAUGAUCUUUUCUAGUUCCAUCCAUUUGCCUGAAAAAUGCAUGAUUUCUUUGUCUUUAAGAGCAGAAUAAUAUUCCAUUGUGUAAAUGCACCACACUUUCUUUAUCCUUUCUUUGGUUGAGGGGCAUCCAGGUUGUUUCCAGAUUCUGGCUAUUAUGAAUAAAGCUGCUAUGAACAUAGUUGAGCAAGUGUCCUUGGGAUAUGAUGCAGAAUCUUUUAGGUGGAUGCCCAGGAGUAGUAUAGCUGGAUCUUGAGGUACAUAUAUUCCCAACUUUCUGAGAAACCUUCAGAUUGAUUUCCACAGUGCUUGUGCAAGUUUGCACUCCCCCUAGCAAUAGAAGAGUGUUGCCCUUGUGCCACAUCCUCCCCAGCAUGGGGUGGGGGUGGGGUUUGGGGGGCAUCUCUGGCACAGGGGAGGCUCCCAGGAGUCUGUCAGGAUGACCCAAGCCGAGAUUCCUAGCAGUGGGGGAUAUGGAGCCUGAAGUUGCCACCUCCUGUAGCCAGGGGGGACUCCCAGGAAAGGGAGAGGCACAUCAACCCACCCACGAAAACCUGUGACCCAAAAAUUGUCCUGCCUCCAAGAUGUCACAGGGAUAAAGAUGGAGCAGAGACUGAGGGAAUGGCAAACCAGUGACUGGCCCAACCUGAGAGCCACCCUGUGGGAGAGAGCCAACCCCGGACACUACUAAUGAUACCCUGCUGUGCUUGCAGACAGGAGCCUAGCAUAACUGUCUUCUGAGAAGCUUCAUCCAGCAGCUGAUAAAACAGAUGGGCUGAGCUUGGGGAGUUAUGUCAGAAAAUGGGGGAAAGGACUGAAGAAGCCAGAGGAGUCAGGGACACCACAGGAAGACCCACAGGGUGAACUGUCCAAGGCCCACGGGGCUCACAGAGGCUGAGUCACUUGCCAACGAGCAUGCAUGAACUGGACAUAGACCUCUUACACAGAUGUAACAGAUGUGCAGCUUGGGCAUCAUGUGGGUCCCCAAAUAACAGGAGCAGGGGCUGUCUCUGACUCUGUUGCCUGACUUUGGACCCCUUUUUCAUAGCUGGGCUGCCUUGUCUGGCCUCAGGGGAAGAGGAUGUGCUUAGGCCUGCUGUGACUUGAGGUGCCAGGGUGGGUUGGUACCCCUUGGAGGCCUCCCCUUCUCUGAGAAGAAGGAGAGGGAGAAAUGGGGAAAGGCGUGAGGGUAGGAGUGGAAAGAGAGGAUGGAGAGGGCUGGGAUCAGGCUGUAAAGUGAAUGAAUAGAUUAAAAAAUAGAGUAAUAUUCCAUUGUGUAGAUGUACCACAUUUCUGUAUCCAUUCUUCACUUGAGGGGCAUCUGGGUUGUUUCCAGCUUCUGGCUAUUACAAAUAAAGCUGCUACAAACAUGGUUGAGCAAAUGUCCUUAUUUUGUACUUGAGCCUCUUUUGGAUAUAUGCCUAGGAGUGGUAUUGCUGAGGCCACAGAAGAUGACAAUGCAGCCACUCCUGAUGAUAGACUAAGAUCAGAAGGAAGGAGAGGAGAACCUCCCCUAUCAGUGGACUUUGGGAGGGGCAUUCCUGAAGAAAGGGGAGGGAAGGUGG